CCCGUUGAGCACUCUAGAACGCACCAGAAGCCAGGGCUAUUUAAAGAACUUUGCUCUACUAAAUUCUAAACUUUGAGGAAACACAGUGUACAUUUUUCCCGCCAUGGAAAUCGACGGCGAGAACACCUUACAGCGAAAGCAUUCCCACUACCAAAACUUGGACGAAGUGUUUAUAGUACAGAAUGAGGUGUAUAGGGGACAACAGUACAGUCAAAUUUACUUUGCUCGGCUUCAUAUGAUGAGAACUAUCCUCCAUUCUCUUAUUCCUCAUUGGAAACCCCAUAUUCCUGUGGUCACUAUUUUGGGACUUGAAGAGGGCAAGGAAUGUGUUCUUGUUGGAACGCUCUACAAGCAUAUGAAACUCAAACCCGGUAUUCUUGAUGAGUAUGCUAAAGUUAGGACUGUGGUUCCUAUUGUUCAGCCUCACAACUUUAUGCAUGCUGAUGACUAUCUGGUUCUCGAGGAUGAAAGCGGGAGAGUUAAACUCGAGGGAGCUGCACUUGUACCUUCUGUUUAUGUGACAGGGGUUGUAGCUGCAUUCCUUGGAAAAGAAAGCACAGCUGGGUCAUUUCUUGUUCAAGAGAUCCUAGAAGCUGGCCUACCACCCCAGAUAGAGAAGCCUCUAAAGCUUGAUGAUGACAAGUAUGUUGUCUUUAUAUCUGGACUAAGUGUGGGCAACAGCACCUCAAACCCUCUCCAGUUACAGCUGCUUGUAGACCACAUAACUGGCCAUUUAGGGGAUGAAAAGGAACAAAGAAUUGCAGCGGAGAUAGUCCAUGUAGUAAUUGCUGGAAAUUCCUUAGAAUUUUCCAGAGGACUAUUUGACGGACAGUGUCUGCAGAAUGGAUUGAAGGAUCUGUCUAAGUUGUCUGAGCCAUUUAAAGAACUGGAUAUCUUCCUGACUCAGAUUGCUGCUGGUGUAUCUUUGGAUAUCUUGCCUGGACCAAGUGACCCUGCCAAUUUUUCUCUACCGCAGCAGCCUCUAAAUAGAUGCCUCUUUCCUGGAUCUUCAGUUUAUAACACUUUCAGGUCUUGUACUAAUCCUCAUUCCUUCGAGCUUGACAGAAUCAGAUUUCUGGGGACAUCAGGACAGAAUAUUGAUGAUCUGGAAAAGUAUUCAGAAGCUAAAGAUAAACUUGAGUUUAUGGAAAGGACGCUGAGAUGGAGGCAUCUUGCGCCAACCACACCAAACACUCUAGGAUGUUAUCCAUUUACAGACAGAGAUCCUUUUGUAAUUGAGAGUUCUCCGCAUGUUUACUUUGUUGGCAAUCAGGAUAAGUAUGAAAGCCGAUUAGUAAAAGGACCCGAAGGGCAAAUAGCACGACUUAUCACCAUUCCUAAAUUUUGUGAGACAGGAGUUGCUGUUGGGCUUAAUUUGAGAAAUCUGGAAUGCCAUGCUCUGAGUUUUGGAACUCAAUUCAGCUUGUAAUAUUGAAGCUAUAGGUUUCAGGUGUAAUAUGGUGCAUUAUCCUUUUUAUGUUGUGGUUUUCUCUCAAGGUUGACAACUUGAACACUCUAUCUGGUAUUAGUAGUACGUAUUACGUACCUCAGAGAAGUCAUGUGCUUGAAAAUGACAGAUUAGGUGGUAAUUUUUACAGUCAAUCUGCAUUGUUGUGCUUUUUUAUAUGCUGCUCUGGCAGCCCCAAAGCAUUCUACAGUAUUGGGAAUCCUGUAAUUGUAAACCACGCAAAACUUGUUUCAACAUGUUUUUCUUUGAAAUGAAGAGGCCUUAAUAGAACUCAAGUGAUCAAGUUUUCUCUUUCAAACUGUGUGUGUGAUUUUGUUUCUAAUCUUGUAAACUUCUCAGCUUGAUUAUAAUUUUGUCUCUUAAACUGUUUUUGUACUUUGAACAACGUUUUUGGCCAUUAUCUAAAACAUGAUUUGAAAUGUAAUAAUAUUUGACAAUUGGAAGCAACGGAGGUAUUGCUACAAUACUUGGUCUUUUGAAACGUCGACAUAGUUUUUAGAGCUUCAAGUGCGGAGUGCCUUAGACAUGUUAGAAAAGAAAAUUUUCAAACUUCAGCUCUGUUCGUUUCAUUUGUGCAAGCCGUAAACUAAUGCUUUUGGAGGUUCUUUGUGUAGAUUCCGUACACCAUAAGCACAUAACCUGUUAAAUGAUGUUUAGAAGUGGCCUCUGAUGGACAAAGUUGUUUCACUCUAAUCACCUGUUUCCACCCAAUUCCAUGUUGUUUAGAUCAGUGUGUUGGAUACUCGGUAACAAAGACUGGACGAAUGAAAUUGCAUAUAAUAAUGUUGUGAGACGCUUACUAUUCAUGUUCUCGUAAACUCCAGAACCUGCUGUGAGACUCUUGCGAUUCUUGUUCUCGUAAAAUAACAUUUGCAUUAUCUGUUUCUUCUGUUUAUAAAUUGCUUUUGGAUGUUCUUCGUAUCAUCUUAAACCUUUCCAUUAUCCUUUUUAUCGUCAUCUUGGCUUUUG